UCUCCUCGUCUCCUCUAGCUGAGUCCAAAAAAUGUGUCACAAAAGUCUGCUUGUUACUUAUCUUUAGCUCAUAAGUUCUGGUUUUUUAGCUUGGAUUGUAUUGUAUGUAUGCUGGAUGUCAGACACACACCAAGGUUGACGCCAAAAAAUUGAUUUAACUUUAGGAUGCCCAUGACAAUUACUCCAAUGGGCAUCUUUAGAUUGUGUAAACUUUGUUUAAGAGUUUUUAAUUUUGCAGGUGAAUGUCCCGCAAGCUUUAGUUGGCUGACUGAAAAUCCAGAGUGUUUGGGGGAUGUUGAAAACCAGGAAAAAACUCCUUUAUGUUCUCUAUACGCAGUCAUGGAUGCUAGCCUGGCGCGCCUAGCAAUAUCCAAGCCCAUCAUAGAUCGACCAAGGGUCGACAUUGUCAACUUGGCCAAACAAGUUGCGGCGCAUAUGCCUAUCUUUGCUGACCUGCCGGAUGCUCAAAACAACCGGCCGAGUUUGACUUUGGCAAUAUUGGAUUAUAUGAGAGAGAAGGGAGUGGCAACAAAAAACGACCGUGUAUUGAGAAUCCAGGACUAUGAAUGUUUUUAUUCAAGGCGUACAGAAGAAGGGUAUCAUAAAAUUCGCCAGGCUAUUUUUGUAGGCCCCAUUUGUGGGGAGUUUAGUAUGUAUAAGGGAAUCCAAACCCACAAGAAAGAAAAUGGGAUUUACAAAGGUGUGGAUGCAAAAGGAAAACUGCGUGAAAGAAUCGGGCUCCAUGCGGUGUCUAUGGUAGGUUAUGGGGACAAAGCGGCAGAUAAAUAUUUUGAGGGAAAAAACAGCUGGAGUGACGGUUGGUGUGAUGGAGGCUAUGCAGAAAUGGAUCCAUCACUUUUUGGGAGGAUUGGAAUUCCAAUAGGGGUAUCUUUAGAGAGGGCUGAAAGUGGUGAAAAGCCACAAAUACAAAGCAAAAAGAGAAAGAGAUUGCCGGAAAAAAAGCCAAUUAGAGAUUUGGCCGAAGAAGUAGCCCCUCAUAUGGAAUCUAAUAUGGACAAGCGGGUGGAAUAUCUUUUGUCCAAAGUUGUUACCAUUGCUGGUUUGCCCUCUGAACAACUCGCAAAAAGGGGUCCAACUCAAGACGAGGAGGAUGCUUUAUCAUUCCAGGAGGCCGUAUAUGCUUUGUCUGGUGGGCGCCGAGGCCCAAAUGCUCGUUGGAUUAAUUGGUUUAAUCAUACUGUGCCACCCGCGCACCUACCUACAUUUAAGAAGCUAAUCAACUUGUUCCAACAAUGCAAGAGCGGAGUCCUUGGAAGUGGUCAUGGUAGUAGAUCUGUAGUUGUUGCUGCCUUCCUUUUUUAUUUAAAGAUUGAGAGUAAAUUAAGGGGGAAGCUCAUCAUAGUUGUUCCUCCAAAUGACACUGAAUCUUGGAGUACAGCCUUGCAACCAUUCUUUCAGAUUACAACACAUCACCGUCUCCUUCGAAAAUGUGAAGUUUUUGUCACGAGUUGCAAAUACUUGAGUAAAAAUCCUAUCCCCCAAUUUGUGUGGGAAUAUGUGAUUUUUCAAUAUGAUGAACAUAUAGAUGGUGUGAUGGAAAAGUUGAAAGGCAAGAACAAGCUUCUUAUUACACCAGAGAAUCCACUACGGGACGUUAAAGAGCUUAGCUCUAUGCUUUGCUUCCUCCUACCGAAAUAUUUUUGCUCUGGGAAGGACCUAUUCAAUGCUAUAGUGGAAAAGGGAACCACUCAUGAAGUUGUUGAUAUGCUCAAUUCAGUGGUUGAUAUAUUCAACGUUGAUAAUCAACGCAUGCCGGAACAUGUAGUGUAUUGCAUGGAUCUUGGGGAGGGCAUCUCGGUGUCCCAGAAGAAAAUUAUAAGGGAAAUAUACAAAAUGCCCCAGGAUGCUACAAGAGAAGGUAUUGAUAGGGAACAAGCUCUAGACCAACUGCUAGCAAUGGUGAAGUGUUGCAAUCACUUGAGUCUUUCUAGAGGAUUGGACUUGACCAGCUUCAACGAGGAAGAUGUUGAAAAUACAGGAAAAAUAGUUCUUCUCGAUAGGUUGCUGAAGAAACUUGACGGAUCAAGGAUUGUAAUAGUGUCCCAGAUGACUAGGAUGUUGGACGUUUUAGAACAAUAUUUAAAAUUCAGGGGAAAAGAGGUUCUGCGUAUUGAUGAGACUUCAGCUUUAGAAGAAUGCAAAUCCUUUUGUGCACCUACAACAGAUAAUAAGAUAGUCCGGUUACUAUCCACCAGGGCUGGUUGCCUGGGCAUUUCUCUUCUUCCAGUAGAGGCUCUCAUUUUUUAUGACACCAAUUGGUGGAACCCACAUAUUGAUAUGGAGGUCAUAUGUUGUGCACCCAAGGAAGUUAUGGUGUAUUACCUUUUCACAAUGGGAAUUUUUGAAGAGACGGUUCAAAAACCCGAAACAAUGGAAAGGGAUAGGAAUAUGGAUAUACGUCAUGCUUUUAAGCGCCAAAAGGAUGUCGACGACGAGUGGUUGGUUAGGGCGAUCCGGGCGGGUUCAGAUCUUUGCCACUCAGAGGAGAGCACAAUUGCCAACGCUGACUUCAACGUAGACAAGGUGUCAGGAGGAGAGGCUGCAGAGAAGCAAAUAUGACAUGGGAAGUUUCCAACAUCUGACAUGCGAAUGGGGCAAUUUGUUUCCUUGUGAGGGCAAAAGCUUGAGUGGUUUCCUUUCUUUGGUCGUUUUUAUCUGUAAGUUGUAGAUUUCUAAACAGUUCGUUUAUGGCCUAAUGUCAAUUGUUCAUGAAAUUCAGGGCUGGUGUAGAAUUGUCUUAACUG